AUGGCCGGUCUGGCGAACACUAAACAGACUCAGGACAGGAAUAGGACGAACGAAAGAUAAUCUCAUAAAAUGGGGACUGCUAGAUAGCGCAGACACAUUGUGUCUNACUAAAAAAGUCGAUGUUGCACUAAACGAGUCUUGCCGACUCAUAACCGGUUGCUUAAAAAAUGCACCGGUUGAACAACUAUACAUACUUUCGGGAAUAGCUCCUCCAUCAAUAAGAAGGUCCACGCAAGCAGACUGGGAAAGAACGAAAAUAGCAUCGGACCCACGAUAUCCCAUGUACGGUAUAACUCCACAACUAUCUCGUCUCAAGUCCAGGAAGAGUUUUAUGAACCAUACAAAAGCCAUCUUGUCAACACAUCCUGAAACAGAAAGGACGACCAGAUGGAGAAAAGAGAUAAGCAGUACUUCCAGCUGGGUGCCGAAUGAGUCACUUCCACCUGGUCAUAAUGAAACAUGGCCGGUCUGGCGAACACUAAACAGAUUCAGGACAGGAAUAGGACGAACGAAAGAUAAUCUCAUAAAAUGGGGACUGCUAGAUAGCGCAGACACAUUGUGUCUAUGCGGAAAAGAGCAGACUGCUACACAUCAUAAAAUGCACAGCUAG